AUGGCUUCUUCUUUUACAAAAGAGCUCAAUAACAAUUGUUUAAGCCAAUUAGACUUUAAUGACAAUAGAGAUUUUGAAGAUGCUCAAAGAGGAUUUAUUGGUACUAUUGAAGAUGGUAUAAUCCUUACCAAAGAAGGUAAUAUUUCUUAUUCAAUGAAGUCUUAUGACUUCUUAAAAGAUAAAUGUCCUGAUACUGUUAAUCCAAGUUUAUGGAGACAAUGUCAACUUAAUAGAAUUCAUGGAUUAUUUGAAGUUUUAAAAGAUAAAAUUUAUCAAAUCAGAGGUUUUGAUAUUUCUAAUAUGACAUUUGUUAGAGGAGAAAAAGGAUGGAUUGUUAUUGACACAUUAACCACCGUUGAAGCUUCUUCUGCAGGUCUUUCUUUAUUCAGAAAACAUUGUGGAGAACUUCCAAUUACAGCUAUUAUUAUUACUCAUUCUCAUGGAGACCAUUGUGGUGGAUUUCUUGGAGUUGGAACAGAUGAGACGAAAGUAUAUGUACCUCCUAAUUUAAUUAAUGAGUUAAUUAGUGAAAAUAUUUUUGCUGGUCCUGCUAUGGAUAGAAGAAGUAUUUAUAUGUAUGGUCAAAACUUAACUACUGAACCAACUCAAUUUGUUGGUAAUGGACUUGGUCAACAACUGUCUCAUGGACUAAAUGCUUUUCCUAAAUAUUCUCAAUGUAUAGAAAUUAAAGGUGAACAAGAAAUUAUUAUCGAUGGUAUUAAUUUCCAUUUUAUAGAAACUCCAGGAGCUGAGGCACCAUCUGAGUUUGUAUUUUAUAUUCCUUCUAUGAAAGCAUUUUGUGCUUCAGAAGAGAUAAAUCAUAUUAUGCAUAAUCUCAUUACUCUUCGUGGAGCAAAAGUAAGAAAUGGAAAAUUAUGGGCUAAUUAUAUUGAUCAUGUUAUUGAGAAAUUUGGUGAUGAUGUUGAAAUUAAUUUUGGAUCACAUCAUUGGCCAACAUGGGGAAACAAAAGGGUAAAUGAAUAUUGGGAAAAACAAAGAGAUUUAUAUAAAUUUAUUCAUGACCAAACGUUAAGAUAUGCUAACCUUGGAUAUACUCCCAAUGAAAUUGUUAAUUUAUUAAAAUUACCUGAUUCAUUGGCUAAGGAAUUCUAUUGUAGAGAUUAUUAUGGAUCUCUUAGUCAUAACAUUAAAGGAGAAUAUCAAUUAUAUAUUGGAUGGUAUGAUGGUAAUCCUGCACACUUAGACCAAUUACAACCUUCAGACUUAGGGAAAAAAUAUGUUGAAGCACUAGGAGGAGAAGAUAAAGUACUUGAUUUUGCACAAAAGGCAUUUGAUAAAGGAGAAUAUAAAUGGGCUGUUGAAUUACUUAACCAUUUAGUAUUUACUAAUCCAAAUAAUGAACAAGCACGUUUAUUACUUGCUAAUGUAUAUACUCAGAUGGCUUUUUCACAAGAAUGUGCUGUAUGGAGAAAUAUUUAUUUAAGUGGAGCACAUGACUUAAGAAGAGAACCAAUAACAAUGGCAAAAAGUGAUAAUUUGAAGAAUCCAUAUGUUCUUCGUUCAAUGAAUUUAACACACAUUUUUGAUACAUUAUGUAUUAUGGUAGAUCCAUCAAAAUUAAUUGGUGCUGAUUGGAGAAUUAAUUUGUUCUUUGAUGAUGUGAAAGAAAAUUAUUGUGUUAUUGUUAAGAAUUGUGUUGUUAAUAUUAGAAAUAAUCUUCAUAAACAACCAACUUUUACUGCUCAUGUUACUAGAGAAUUAUUACUUGGAGUAUUUGCAAAAAAAGUUAAUCUUCAAGAAUUGGUUCAAUCAGGAAAGAUUCAAAUGAGUGGUAAUCCUAUGCAUUUGUUUGGACUAUUUGCAUCAAUUGGAGUUCAAAAUCAUCAAUUUAAUAUUAUUGAACCAUAA